CGCUCCAGUAACCUGCUGGGUUGUCAAAGCGCAGCUGGGAGCGGCAGCAUUCAGGACUUAAACGCUUCUCUCGAAAGUUUGAAGGGGACCUCUGUCUAUCUUAUUCCUUCCUAUCAGUGAUUUUCUUUCAGGGAAACUCUCACCGGAGACUUUUCAGCGGCUGCACGGAGAACAGAGGACAUUUCUGCGUGUUUUUUUCUUGAGACGCUGUGAGUUAAGAGAGCAAACUGUGAGAAAAGGCCGUAGUUUGAGGAUCUCUGCGCCCGUUUGACUACAUUCUUUUAGAUCUAGUUAUAACAAGUAUCUUCUUGGUAAGCUUUACUGCCUAAAGGCAGCGCUCACGUUAGAAACGCCAUCUUUCAAAAUGAGUGCCAGCUUAUUGCGUCGAGUAAAAGAUUCUACUAAGAAAUCCCCGGCUGCGACAGGAUGUUCAAAGGCAGCGAUAUGCAUCAUCCCCAUUGCUGAGAUUGCGAUCGGAGCGAUAUACUUACACGAAUGUCCGGCCCAGGAAAAGAUCCCAAUCUACCUGAUCGUGAUGGGGGUCUUCAGCUUAACCCUAAAUAUCCUAACCUGCCUGCCUUGCGUGUCAAACUCCGAAAGUGACGGCCCUACAAAACUUAGCCGGGGCUUUACCGUCUGGAACUCAUUGGUGUCCACAUUUCUCUUCGCCUGGUUCAUCACAGGUAACGUUUGGAUCUACUCCAUUUACCAGCCAAACUACUCUAAGAACUCUACAGAUUUGGGCUCCUACUGUGACAAGACACUUUACCUUUUCGCCUUCUGGAUCACCACCCUGGUCUACAUCCUAGUGGGUCUCUUCCUGUUGACUGGCUGCUGCGUCCUCUUCUGUUUUUUCAUCUGCGGCCGGGCGGACCCUGACGACGACGCCAACAACCCCUGAGAGACUCUACAGAGGUUUAUGAUGGCUUGCCUCUCGCUUGGUGAUGCAGUAGUGGCAGCUGUUGGCUUUUGCUGUACAAACAAACCAUCCAGAGAGCGCAUCUGUUGUUAUGCAUAACGACUUUGAAAUCCCAGAAGAAUGAUUUUAAACGUUAAAAAAACUGAAAAACUGGUUAUAGAGCAUUGAUCUUUACAGCUACUGAAUCUGUUGCUUAUCUACCCUGCUGUACUUUGAUGACAUGUGUUUCAGAGCUGCUUAUAUGCUUGUUGCUGUUUGUUGUAUAUUGUUUAACACCAACUGAAUGUUUGACUCACAAUAUCUGCCAUGCUGGAAGACAUAUGUCUGUAUUUAUAUGUUUAGCUUCAUACAGUUGUCCGUAAUAUAUUUUAUGCAGAUAAACAUAGAGGUUCGGCUGAUGUAAACCUGUCAAUCAGACCAAAUUAGACGAAUAUAAAAAGCUUGUAGAAGAAAUAGAGAAUAUUAUAUAGAACGAAACAACCUGAGAUGUUUGAAAACUUACAAACGGCUGCUAAUUUGAUCAAAACAAACCUUGAGAUGCUUUACUUUGGUAGCAACAAUUGGCAUGUACGUUAUCUGAUCUGAUUACUUCCACAGAAAUGAAACUAAAAUGGGGAAAGGUCUAAUGUACAGCUUCUAGAUGCAGCAGAGUGAGAUUGAGCAUAUAUAUAAUCUAGAACAUUUAGGCCAAUUGCCACAAUAUACAAAGUUUACUCCUCAAACCUUUUUUUAUUAUAUGGUGGGGGAAAAAACCUUAAACAAACUCCAUGAUAAAAACUUAGCCUUCGUUUUCCUUUUAUGUGUAAUCCUUAUUAGUUUCCUGUUCUUAUGCAUUUUAGUCUCUUUGAUCUUGGUGGAUAUUUUUCUUUUUGCAAUCUUCCCCAACAUAAUAGCAUUUAUUUUUUUACCAUCCUCCUCUCUGUUUGAUAGGCACUUUGUUUACAUUUUGAUAAAGCUUGUAGGGGCCUGAACUGUUUUAUGUUUGUGCACUUCUUUUUUGGUUUGAAAUAUAUUCCUAUGGCUUAUUAAAUUACAGAAAUUGUAAGGAAUUUCUGUAAUUUUAAAUGUGAUAAUAUUUGCGGUUGCAUAUAUAAACUGAGUGAUCAUGUACAUUUUGUGGAGUCUGAUGUGGGUUGGCAUAAUGUUUGUGUUUUAUUAGUACCUCUGUCAGUUUUUUUCUUUAAAUGCUUGAUUCAUUAAGUGAACAGCUAAAUGCACACUGACUUUUUUUUCUUCAAAUCUUCAAAAAUAAACUAUGCUGGAGGUGAUGGGAGCAUUAAGCUAAAGUUUCACAUUGACUAUCUAUACAGUUUCUAGCUGGAGCAUCUGAGGUUGUUUUGUUUGUCACUAUAGACUUGUGCUGCUCGUGCAGGAUGUACUGGAUUCGCACUCACUCUAAAACUUCCUCAUUCUUUCUCCACUUUGUUCAUCUCUUCAUACAUGAGGCUCUCAUCAAUUUUGUGUUUUCUUUCACUUCCUUUAAAAAGAAAAACCCAAAUAAAACUUGAUACCUCAGCAA